UUGCCAUCGUCAUGGACUAUUUUACUGACCGGGAGGUGUUCAGAGAUGUGCUGAAUGCAGCAGACAGACGCAGAGUCCCCGUCUACAUGAUUCUGGGAGAGAGUGGAGUCAAGCAUUUCCUGGAGAUGUGCGAAUUGAUGCAGCUAUCUGGCCAUAUGCUCCGGAACUUGCGUGUCAGGUAUGUUACAGGAAUAGGGUUCUACUUGCCCUCUGGGAAGAUCAGCGGCUCAAUCUCACACAAGUAUCUCAUGGUGGAUGGGGAUAAGGUGGCCUUCGGUUCUUUCAGGUUUACCUGGUCGUCUUUCAGAGUGGAUCGUAGUAUUAUGACACUCCUGUCUGGGCAAUACACUGAGCCUUUUGACAUUGAAUUCCGGGAACUUUAUGCCAUAUCAGAGGAAAUAAAUCUUUUCAAAGAACUGUGCUUACCAGAUGUUCGGCCGAGUCCUAUGAUCAGCGCUAGACCACGUUCCUCCACUGUUGCACGCAAGCUCAUUAACCCCAAAUACUCAUUGGUGGUGGGGAGAAGUCCGGCUCCUGGGGAAAUGCUAAGAUUUGGGUCUCCCAAUCCACCAGCUGCUGGAGAUGAUGGGGAAAACGAAGGGGAGAAAAGAAUGGCCACAUUCCUGGAAGAUCUCAUUUCUAUAGCGCAGGAAGAACCAGAAACUGUGGUGUUGGACAAUCUUCCCAAAGUCGCUGUUCCCAAUAAUAAAGAGACUGGGAAAACCAGAGAAGAGAGUGGGGCAAACAAGUCCCCCAAAAAAAUGAGUUUUAGAUUAUUCAAGAAAUCACAACCUCCCGCUCAGGAAAAGGAGGUAGAGGGGGGAUUUGUAAUAUUACAUAAACCAAAGCCUGCCUUGAGCAACAGCUUCAGGAGUCAGCAAAAUCUGGCUACGUCAGGUAACAUCAGUCCAGUCUCUACUAAGAGCGAGAAGAUAAAGCAAGACAAAUGUGUAGUGUCCUGAGGACCUUCCACAAAUACAAUAGACUUUUUACAGAUAACUACUGCAAAUUGGAAAUACAUUUAAAAAGUGGCCAUUUUUGCCGCCAGGAAAUAUAAUCUCAGGGAUAGCAUAAAACUGAAAAAUGAUCUAUUUUAUUGGCUCUGUAUAUUGUAGAACGUUUACACAAUUUACCCAUUUAUUUUUGGUAGCACAAAAAUUUUGUGUAUAAGACUGACAGCUUGACUAACCAUGGAAAUGCGUCGUCCCACUCCAACCGGGAAUAUCUGAUUAGAAUCAUACUUGAGUGGAAUAUAAAGAAGCAAAUAAUAUUGUCAUAAAAUUUUCCAGAUUACAGCAAAGAGCAGGUACCAGUUUCUAUUUGUUUGACAAGACGCAUUGUAUAUCAUGAGCCUCCGCUAGGGUUCUCUUCAAUUUUGCUUUCAAACAUCCACAAAGUACUCAUAUAUCCUAAUAUUCCAUACCUGCACAGUAACGCUUAUUGUAAAUAAAUGUAUAGAACCAGUAAGAAUGAUAAAGUAAUCAUUCUUAAGUAGCCUAAACUCCAGAUCUCCUUAUGAAAUUGAAAAAUGACACAUACAUGGACAUUUUAUGGGGCAGAUUGGAUGUUUUGGGCCAAAUUUCACAGAAAAUGUUGUGUGUCCAAUCCCAAGACUGCCUAAUGACAGUUCACAGUAGGACAGAAUUCUGAUCAUGUCAGGCAGAAAAUCCUGCCAUGGAUAUAAAACAAACAAAAAUAUACACUUAAAUUUCUCCCAACGUUCCAAAUAUUGUCCAGGAAUAGUCCAAUAACAAAUAACGGGGAUUCAGAAAAUACUCACUUCAGUUGUACAUCAGCAUACUGUAACUCUUGAUCAAUAGUAAAAAAAAAAAAAUUCAGACAAAUAAUGCAAACAUAGGGGGAAAUUCAAUUGUUUUUUUUAGCCUGCAGAUGUCGUCCAAAGGGGGUGGUGAGCUGAAAUGCACAUAGGGUGACCCGUCUGAGCAUUCAAACAGGACUUUUUGCGUUGCGCCUAUUAGUUUGGUCGGGUUUAGCCGCUUUAUGUGACUAAACCCGACCUCUCUAGGCGCGAUAAGCCCCAAAAAAACAAUUGAAUGCCAUCCCGUGAUCUCGCGUCACUUCAGAUAGGAGAUUGGGAGCCCAAACAAUUGAAUUCCCCCUUAGUGUGAAAUACUGUGCACACAUGAACAUAUGCAUCACUCGCAGUGUGUCCACACAUAACCAACUCUUGUGUAUACAGUAGCACCUUGACAAAGACAUUGUUAUACGUUGAAAUGCGACAGAAGAGUAAGGUUGAGGAACCUUCCUUACCUGAUCCACAUCAGGUGUCACUUCCAGUGGAUGACCCACCUGGGAGAGACUUUUUGAUGUGAUGAUUUCAUUUAUAUUCCUGGUAGGAAGACAUCCUCUCUGUUUUUAGGAUUUUUAACAUAUGUUUAUAUUGUUUGUAUAUUAUUAUUUACAUCAUUUUUAAUAAAUGUGUUCAUAUGCAUCUGCUUUUUCCUUUACAUAUUUUAUGACCCUCAUUUUGAGAGGACUAUACAGGAGUCCAGAUAGUCCGUUAAAGAACCUUCUACGUGUUAUAAACAAGAGUGUUAAAUGUAAGCUUCCCAGGGGUUUGGUGUAUGGUAACUGUCUCAUUACUUUCUCAUUAACCUUUAGGGAGAUCUUUCCAAUACUGUAUCAGUUAGUGAUGUGUGGGCACUCUGGAAGUGAUACAAAUCUUUACAGAGUCACACUUUAUAUUAUUUGUCUGUAUUUUACAUAUUGAUUAAUGGUGAUGGUACAACUGAAGUGAGGAUUAUCUGAAUCCCAGUUAUUUGUUCUUGGACCUUUGCUGGUCAAUUUCUGGAACUUCGGGAGUGCCUUAAGUGUAUACUUUUGUUUGUUUUAUAUCCAUGGUCUUUGGGGGUUUCUAGUGGCCCCAAGUGGUAUACCAUAGACUGCCCCUAGGUAGCGCCUUAAAAGCAAUUCACUAUUCUAAUUUCUUAGAAAAUCCUGCAAGCCACUGAUUGCACUCCAGUCUUUCAGCCCAUUCUCAUCAUUCGGAUAUACGGCAACACGUGUAUGUGGACAAACUGACCACAGAUGCAGUCACCACGCCAUAUAAGGGGAAUACGUGUGUGGUCAGUUUCCCUGUAAGGCUUCGCAAUGUGAAAGAAAAUGUGGAUUCAAAAAUCGGAAUUUAUGUUGAUAUGUACAUUGAACAAUUUCUACUUUCAUCUUUCUGUUCUGAAAGACUUUGCAAUAUAUUUUUCUUGAAAGAUCUACAGUAAAUACUAAGACUCUUGGCAGCAUGCUCCAUGUGUUUACUACAUGUACAGUCCAAUACUACAAAUGAAGUGGAAGAACCUUCUUUAUCCUAAUCAGGGAAUUCUACUAUCUAUAAGUACUUUGACUUUAAAAGUUAAAAAACAAAACAAAGCUGCUGUGAAACCUGUAGGACGGAGGUGUUUCAGAAUACUUCAGGGAUAAAGUUUAUAAUAACUAAUAAAACAAAUCUUUAUAUAAUGUGAAUAA